AUGAAGAUGACGUGGCAGCAGGCGAUGGAUUAUUGUAACAACCUCGGCAUGACUGGGGCUUCAAUUCUCCAAGCCGAUGAAAGUCACGCUUUGGUAAGACAGGCACGCAGAAAAAUUGAGGACUCCACAGAAUGGGUCUGGUUGGGCGGAUAUUAUAAUGGUAGUCACGUGGAAUGGAACGACGGUUCAGAAGCUGCUGCGUACAGUUUCGGAAAACGUUAUCAAAUGCCCGGAUACCUGGCGAUAAGUCUGAAGGACCAGAGUUGGCAUACCGAUCAUAAGGCAACGUACGCGGCGGCUUGCGUGGGAUAUCAACUUGCCGAUACAUACGUGCAUGGGCGACAGGGCAACUAUUACAAGCUGGACCAAGCUGGAACGUGGUUUGGUGGGAAGCGGAUGGGGCCCGGAAUGAAGGACUUUGCCUGGACCGAUGGUAGCCGAUUCGAAUACGCAAGGUGGGCCAGUGGCCAGCCCGACAAUCACCGAAAUGCGCAGUAUAUUCAGAUCUACACAACCCGUCUGGAGGAAUACAGCAAUGACGACAAGUUAUACCUGAACAAAUGGGACGACAUUUGGACGAGUGCCAAGGGAUAUAAUGCUGUCUGCAAAAAGAAGGCGCGAGAU